GGCAUCUCCCCUCUGUCUCUCCCUGCCGAAGACCGUAGCGCAGUUUUCCAGCUCUCUCCUCACUAAAAGUCCGCACCGACUCCGGGACAGCUGAUUGCAGGGAAUAUAAUCCAAAAGGAAUAAAGGCAGCAGAGGGAGAGGGUGGAGGAGGAGGAGUAGCAGUCCAUUCGACAUAAACCGUGACCGUUAUCCAGGGAAGUGGGGUCUCCCCAAAACCUGAGCCAUGAGUCGCAGCAUCGUGCGGCAGAGCAAGUUUCGUCACGUCUUCGGCCAGGCGGUAAAGGCUGAGCAGGGUUACGAUGACAUUCGUGUGUCCAAGGUGACAUGGGACAGCUCCUUCUGCGCCGUCAAUCCAAAGUUCUUGGCAGUCAUCGUUGAAUCCAGUGGAGGAGGAGCGUUUCUGGUCCUGCCCCUUUCUAAGACAGGUCGUGUGGAUAAGAACUACCCGCUGGUGAUUGGUCACUCUGGACCCGUCCUGGAUAUCGAUUGGUGCCCUCAUGACGACAAUAUCCUGGCCAGUUGUUCGGAGGACUGCACUGCAAUGGUGUGGCAAAUUCCAGAUCACGCUUUGACCCGCCCCCUGUCAGACCCGGUGGUGGUCUUGGAGGGACACUCCAAACGAGUCGGCAUUGUCAGCUGGCACCCCACCGCACGCAACAUACUACUCACUGCAGGCAGUGACAACCUGAUAAUUAUCUGGAACGUGGGGACAGGUGAACCCCUCAUCUCCAUGGACGACCAUCCAGACCUCAUCUACAGCGUCAGCUGGAACCGUAACGGCAGCUUGUUUUGCACCACCUGUAAGGAUCGACGUCUGCGUGUCUGUGAUCCCCGCAAAAGAGAAGUGGUGGCGGAACGUCUGGCUCCACAUGAGGGCAUCAGGCCAAUGAGAGCAAUCUUCACCAGAGAUGGAAACAUCUUCACUACAGGAUUCACCAGGAUGAGUCAGAGAGAGCUCGGCCUCUGGGACCCGACAAAUUUUGAGGAACCUAUUGCACUUUUGGAGUUGGACACAAGUAAUGGAGUAUUGUUACCUUAUUACGAUCCAGAUGCAAAUAUGGUCUACCUCUGUGGAAAGGGGGACAGCAGUGUCCGGUACUUUGAAAUCACAGAGGAACCACCGUAUGUUCACUACCUCAACACCUUCAGCAGCAAGGAGCCCCAGAGAGGGAUGGGCUUCAUGCCCAAAAGAGGUGUUGAUGUCAGCAAAUGUGAGAUUGCCAGGUUGUAUAAGCUGCUUGACAAGAAAUGUGAGCCCAUCACAAUGACAGUGCCCAGAAAAUCGGACCUCUUUCAAGAUGAUCUGUACCCAGACACAGCAGGACCCGAGCCCGCCAUGGAACCCGAGGAGUGGCUUGAUGGCCGAGAUGAAGAUCCCAUCCUGGUGUCCAUGAGGCAGGGCUACGUGCCGCCGAAGAGCAGAGAGCUCAAAGUGGUGAAGAAGAACGUCCUGGACUCCAGACCCACCACCCGACGCAGCAUGUCCACUUUGGACACCAACAGCCUGCCGCCUCAGCUGCUUGAGAGGUUACUGGAAGAGAUUCAGAAUCUGAAGGCCACAGUGUUGUCUCAGGAGAAGAGAAUCUGUGACCUGGAGAAUAAGCUUUCCCAGUACACCAAUGGCAGUGCCUGAUGUGCAUGUAAACAUGGUCUGAAGAACUGGUCUGAAUAUUAUUGACGAGGAUUCACUCUUGUGAAUGCUUAUGAAUGUGUACAAGUGACCAUUCGACAGAUUUGAGGAAAUUGCAUCUGUACCCCUUUCGAUGGUUGAUUCUAUAAAAUCUUUAUCCCGGUUUUACCUUUCAUUCUACUGCAGGAUAUUUUUUGGGAUAAUCACAAUUUUACAGCGAAAAGGACGGAGGUGAUGUUUGUGUGAAGGCACUGUAAGUUUGAGAGUGUAAGUUGGGUUAAAGGGAUAAAAAAAAAAGGUUUCUAUUAGAGAAAAAAGAAAAUGUAGAAAACAGAUUUAAAAAAAUGCAAGUGCAAGACUUUUAUAAUUUGCUUCUAUAAAAAAUACAGGCCCGCUUCAAACCUGCCCACACAUCCUCCCACUGCAUGUGGAGUCACGGGUCUCGAAGUUAAGAAGAAACAUUAACAGAGACAUUUCCCCUCAAAUCAGGAUCUGGAUUGAUUAAUACAGUCUUCACAUAGAGUGAAUUAAGAUCAUUCCUCAGCUGGCUUAAGCUGCCUGUUCUGAUUCAGCUGCAGAAAUUAAAACAACCUUUCUUAAGGUCAGGAAAAAAGUUAAAAACAUGAAAAGCACAAAUAAACAUUACUUUAGAAGAUCCUUUUUUGAAGCUUGAAUUCACGUUCAUUCUUUUAUUUGUGUUUGCUGUGCUACGCACAUGCUAAGACCAUCACAUGCCGUAUUACAGAGCUAGUUCAUGUCAAACGACAGAACUCAUAGUAUUUAUGGGGAUUUGUUUCCUGUUUCCUACACAAAACACGUGCUGACCUGUGAUCGUUGUGCACUUGUCGUUGUCGAGGGCCUCGUGACCUCACCAAAACUAAAUCAGUUUAGAAAGUUAAUGCAGGAGACCCUCGAAGCGGCGUGAGAGUGUGCACGGGCUGGCUUGGAAUCGGGAUGCUGCAGUGGACAUGCUCGCACCAUCACUAAACACUCACAAAAAGCCACACAAACAAACAAGGACACAUUUCAGCAUUUCAACCCCCUGUGUCGCAGAUGACCAGUUUAUUUAAAUAAUGCUCAGAAAAAUUUUCAAUAUGUAAAUAGUGAUAAAAGGAAACAGGAGAAGAAAAUGUAGCAAAAUGUGAAAAGAGAAACGUUUUGUUGUGUAAAGGUUAUACAUUAGACACAUUAUGACAACAAUAAAAAGUGGGUUUUUUUUA